AAGCCGCCGAAUGCCAGACCCGCCAGUUCGAAAGUAGACUGUACGUCGUCAGGACGGUAACGACUUGCCGCGCGUCUUUUACGUUAGUGGAAGUUUAAUUUCGAAUUUCAAAGUUAUCAUAUUUUUAAGCUGUAUGACUUUAGUGGCCAGUGCUACUUUAAGUGAGGAUCUGAGGGAUAUAUUGAACCUUUUUGUUUGAUAUUUACAAGUUGGGACGACGGUUGGAUAUUUGUUUGAACAGUCAAAUAAUGCAAUUAUAAUGGACCCGUUGACGUGGUUAUCCCUUGGCCUGCAACUGGCGGCGUUGUGCAGCAUAGUUGGAGCAUUGCUGCUCUAUCUAUUGAGGAAGGUUCGCGUUGCUGAAGUGCUGCCAGUGGACAGCGCUAAGACUGUUCUUGUUACGUCCGUGGAUUCCGCUCUUGGAUUGCAGAUUGCGACAUACCUAAGCAGCAAAGGUUGGCGAGUUAUAGCCGGCUGUCGACAGGGCGGCCUCGGCGCUCGUCUAGCCGAAUCCUGGCUUCAAGCACAUGUAGCCGCGACGCCGGAGAAUCAAGCUCCCCCGAGGCUAGCGACUUUAGAACUGGAUGUGGCUAGAGAAGAUUUAUUAGAGGAAGCGGCCAGAGCUACAGCCCAACAUCUCCCCGCUGGAGAACAUGGAGUUUGGGCAGUGAUCAAUACAGCUGGUAGCAGUGGUCUCGGUGGACCUUCGGUCUGGGAGAGUGCCCUUCGUUGUAAUAUCCUUGGAGCCCUAAGGGUCGCCAGGACAUUCUCACCGCUUCUGGCCGCUGCGGCUGCCGACCACCCUUAUGCUGGGCGACUGUUUUAUAUUGGUCUUACAUCAGACACGGCCUGUGAAAGCCUAUCCCGUGGUGAGAGCGAAGGCAGCGCAUGUUCUGCCGCCGUAAGAUGGGGCACUUGGGGCGCUGCUCGUGCAUUGCGCGCUACGUUGCGUGCACGGAGGCUUCACGUCGUGCUCCUGCACGCGCCUGAUCUAGCUGCGGAGGAAAUAUACGCACCACCGAUGCAGAUCACGCCUAUAAGCCAACCGUCAAGCCGCCCGGAUACACCGAAUUCUGAAGUAAGCUCGUCGUCUACAGCUACCUGUGCGGUGACCAUGCCUGGUGAGGCCGCGGAGUACAGCGCUAAAGUCUUACCGACCAGUGCUUUGAAGGUUCUAGAGGAAGCUCUGACGUCACCAUCCCCGAGAGACUCCUAUUAUUUGAAAAUCAAACAAGACUCCUGGUUUACACGGAUGCCAUCUCUGAGAGUAUCCCAUUGACACGUAACGCCUGGUUUUCCAUUUAACAAACGAGUCAAUUAACGUUAAGAAUAAAUUUCUUGUAAAUACUUCCGUAUUAGUAUAGCAUUGGCAUUGUUGUUUAUUUUUUACGGGCACUUAAUAAUUAGCCUUAACAUUGGAUGCUUUAAUUAAAUGCCACUUUAUACAAAUUAUUAUUAUCCAAAGAAUCUCUAUCUGAAAUUAUAUUGUAAACACUUCUUCUUAUAUAAUAAAUGUUUAUUAUCUUAUAAGUUAAGCGACCUACUGAUCCUGUGUGGGAAGUAGAUGUAACGAUUUUGGUAAACUAUAUUUAGUAGUCAAGUAUGGUACCAAACGACGAGUGAUAGUUAUACGGCGCCAAAUUUAUGAACUAUUGCUUUGCUAUGGAAUUACACUGAAAGCCAAACUACGUUGGGUGAGGGAAGUUACUUAUGUAAGUCCAGCGAAGCCAUAAGCGUAGGUUUUGUAGCUUAUUAAGGUUGCCCGUGAAUGGUUGAUGUGCGUCAACCGACCAACCUUCUUGCGUUGUAAAUAAUGUUCGUGUUGUAUAUUAAACAUGUCUUUUAAACGUCA